UUAUUAUGUUAAUGGUCUGACCAAUGGCGCAAUGGUUAAACAAGUGACCCAUUGACCGGUUCUUUCCCCAGGUUGAUGUUUGGGUCAUGUUUUAAAACUAUGGGAGAUACAAAGGGUGGGUCUUGACAUAACGGUAAGGUUGCUCUAUCGUGACCUAGAUGUCAAGGAUUCAAGUCACAGAAACAAUCUCUCCGCAUGUGGAGGUAAGGUGGCGUAUAUCUGACUCUCCCUAGAUCUUGAAAUGGCGGGAGCUUCGCACAUUGGGUCACCUCUUUUUGUGAAUCAUUUAGGGACUGGUCAAGUCAGAUCUUUUGGCAAGCAAUGCUUCUGGGAGCUUGUGUGGACAUGACAUGUUGCACAGGAUGACUGCCACUCGCAGUUGCAGGUGGACAGUACUAUCUUUCUCCCCUUAAGGAGGCAACUUCAGAGACUGGGCUUUCGGAUUCAGUGGUCAAGCGAGUUUGCAAGUGUCUAGAUUGAAGGAGGCAGGCUUACAUAGCAUCUAGCAAAAUAUCUACACAUUUGCUUUGUCAUCUUGUUUGGACAUUGGAAAUAAAUACUCUCCCUUGGAUGGAGGUGGUUUGUCUCAACAGUGAGCCAGUGUUUGAUGAGGCUGAUGAAUAUGAAGAUCAAGGAGGCUGUAUGAUGGGGGAACAUGAUGAUGAAAUUCGUGAAACACAGUCAAAGAAGGAACGCCCACUACCCACUGUGGGUUUGGAGUUUGAGUCUUUUGAUGAAACUUAUGAUUUUUACAAUAUCUAUGCUAAAGAACUAGGAUUUGGCAUCAGAGUGAGUAAUUCAUGGUUUAGAUCAAAAAGAAAAGAGCGGUACAGAGCAAAACUUAGCUGCAGCAGUGCAGGCUUCAAAAAAAAGAGUGAAGCAAACCAUCCGAGACCAGAAACAAGAACUGGCUGUCCUGCAAUGAUCGUCAUUAAGCUCAUAGACUCUAAAAGGUGGAGAAUAGUUGAAGUCAAGCUUGAACACAAUCAUCCAGUGAAUCCAGAAGUCAAACGAUUUUAUAAGUCGCAUAAGAAAAUGAUACUAGCUGCCAAAAAAGCCCAGCAUACGGAACCUGUUAAGGAAGUUCAUACUAUUAAGUUAUACCAAACAUCCAUCGUGGAUGCUGGAUGCAAUGGAAACUCAAAAGACGAUGAAAGAGAUGGUAUAAAUCCGGUUGAUCACUCUAAGCAUUUGGAACUUAGAGAAGGGGAUGCAUAUGCAGUCUAUAACUACUUCUGUCGCAUGAAGUUGACAAAUCCAAACUUUUUUUAUUUGAUGGAUCUUGAUGAUGAAGGACGCUUAAGAAAUGUGUUCUGGGCUGAUGCUAGGUCCAGGGCUGCAUAUAAUUACUUUUCUGACACAAUUGUAAUCGACACAAGCAGCUUGGCAAACAAAUACGAGAUCCCUCUGAUUUAUUUUGUGGGAGUAAACCACCACGGGCAAUCAGUGUUGUUAGGAUGUGGCUUCCUUGGACAUGAAUCAGUUGAAUACUUUGUUUGGAUGUUUGAGGCAUGGCUUGCAUGCAUGCUAGGACAACAUCCAAAAGUCAUUGUUACCGAUCAGUCCAAGCCCCUGCAAAUAGCAGUUUCUAAGGUCUUUCCACAGGCUCGUCAUUGUUAUUGUUUGUGGCAUAUAAUCCAACGUGUUCCUGAGAAGUUGGGGGGAUUGAAGGGAUAUGAAGCAAUCAAAAGGCAGUUGAAUAAAGCAGUCUAUGAUUCGUUGAAGAUAGCUGAGUUUGAAUCUUCUUGGGCUAACAUGAUAAAUCAGCAUGGACUCGUGGAUAAUAGAUGGCUUCAGUCCUUAUAUGAAGAUCGGCAGCAGUGGGUUCCGGUUUAUUUAAAAGACAUUUCUUUCAUGGGAAUGAUCCCUAUAAAAGAAAAUGAGGGUUUGAGUGCAUUUUUUGAUGGUUAUGUACAUAAACACACAUCAUUUAAGGAGUUUGUUGAUAAGUAUGACCUAGCUCUGCAAAGGAAGCACAUGAAAGAAGCCUUGGGGGAUCUAGAGUCCACAAAUUCAAGCUUGGAGUUGAAAACAAAAUGUAAUUUUGAGUUGCAGCUGUCCAAGGUGUAUUCAAAGGAAAUAUUUAAGAAGUUUCAAUCUGAGGUUGAAGGAAUGUAUUCUUGCUUCAACACAAAGCAAGUGAGUGUCAAUGGGCCAAUAAUAACAUACAUAGUCAAAGAACGAGUUGAAGUUGGGGGGGGAGAGAAGGAAGUCAGGUAUUACGAGGUAUUAUAUGAGACAACUCAAGUGGAAAUACGUUGCAUUUGCAGUCUGUUCAACUUCAAAGGUUAUUUAUGCAGGCACGUGUUAAAUGUCCUCAAUUACAAUGGCGUAGAAGAAAUACCGUCCCAGUAUAUUCUACCGCGUUGGAAUAAGGAUUAUAAGCGCAAAUUUCUUCCAGACCGUGACCCUAGUGAUGUUGAUGUAAAUAACCCUGUGCAGUGGUAUAACAAUCUAUAUAGUCGAGUCACCCAAGUUGUUGAAGAAGGGGCACAAUCUCGAGAACAUUAUGAGGCUGCAUUGCAAGGAUUAGAGGAGCUAUUGAAUAAGUUUAGUCUUGUAGACGACGAUUUGUUGCAAUGGUAACUUUUUAAGAAUUACAGUCCAGUUCAGCAAUGACCAUGUAUGUAUUUUGCUAUCUUGAUUCCUGUAUCUUUACAUGCACACAAACAGCAAGUUAUUCACCAGCAGUGGCAGAAAUUCUUGAACUCAGGAAAAUCGUUUCAAUCGACUUUCUGAGAAAAGAAGCCCACCAAGUUGGAAAAAUUGCUUUGCUGUAUCACUGUUUCAAACAUUGAUGUUAACAUUUGUUUUCAAUGCAU